GUUUUCCAUCUUAAUCAACAUCACCCUUCGUCCUUUUCCCCUAUUGUUGUCUCAAAUUCUUUGCAUCAACAUCCUCACCAUUUUUUUUUCUUCUCUUCUCAAUCCACCCUUUUGAAAAUGGAGUUCUUCCAAAAGGCGAAAGUGGUGCGUUUGAGAAGCUACCAUGACAAGUACAUGUUGGCCGAUGAGAAUCAAGAAAACGUGUUCCAAGACCGUAACGGUUGCUACAAUAACGCUAAAUGGGAAGUGGAGAUGAUAGAAAACUCAAAUUUCAUAAGAUUGAAAAGUUGCUACGGAAAAUACUUAACAGCUUCAAACAUGCCAUUUCUAUUGAGAGGAACGGGAAAAAAAGUGUUGCAGAGUUUGCCUUCUAGGUUGAAUUCUGCUAUGGAAUGGGAACCCAUAAGAGAAGGGGUGCAAGUGAGGUUAAGAACACGUUACGGACAAUACCUUCGUGGCAAUGGAGGAUUGCCACCUUGGAGGAACACCAUCACCCAUGAUGUUCCUCAUCGAACGGCAACGGCAAACUGGGUUCUGUGGGACGUUGACAUAGUGGAACUUCGACCUAAGAAUCAACCGAAACCUAGACCAAGGCCAACACCUAUUACACCACCCAUUUCUCGUUCCUUGAAUCCAACGCCACUGUGUCUUUCACCUUCUUCUUCUUCUCCCUCGGACAUGGAUUCAUUGGUAAAGAUUGAUCUCCGAUCUCCCACAACACCCGAGCCUGAAGAUUCACAAGAGUGUUUAUCACCUGUGAAAGAAGGAAGAGUUAUAUUUUACAAUGUGGGUAACGAAAAUGGUGAUGUUGAUGAUGCAAAGAAAGAGUCAUAUUUUAUCUUUAAAGGAAGUUGUGUGAAUGAACUAAAAGAUAAAUUGAAAGAAGAAACAGGACUUGAUGAUGUUCUUGUGUGUUGUCGCAAUCCAGUCACAGCAAAACUUUAUCCACUUCGUUUACAAUUACCUCCUAAUACUUGUGACAUGCAUGUAGUUCUUGUUCCUUCUUCAUUCCAAGAGCAAUGAUGCACGGAGGUCACAGUUCUUUUAGCAGUUGAAAACAACAAUAGUUGUAUAUAUACAUAUUUGUUGAGUUGAGUAUACAAGUGUGGAUGAGUACAGUAAUCCUUCAAACACAAUGAGGCAACAACCAACCAUGAAGAACUCAAAUUUCAAAAUUUUCAGAAUUGGUUGUUUGGAAUGUAAUGCAAAAUGGCAAGUAAUGUCGUUUUCUUAAUUAGGAACUCCAUGGCCUCUUCAAUAAUUAUUGAGUUAAUAUCAAGUUGUAAUCUUUCUAGUUAUAUACAUUCUCACAUUUUAUUUA